GGCAAUGGAGGGGCCGCCGCUACCUCAGGCUGCCGGUAGGGAGGGAGCCUAAAGCCACUCUGAAUCUCUCGGGCCUGUGCUUACUUCUUUUGCAGUGAUACUGCCUACGGCGAAGAUGAGCUCUGUGUGGGUCACCUCUUUCGAGAAGGAGCAUCUCUGGAUGUAUCUGCAGGCGCUCGGUUUCGAGCCAGGCCCGGCCACCAUUGCCUGCGGAAAGAUCGUGUCGCACACGCACCUCGGAGUGAACAUGUUUGACAAGUUGAACCGUGAUGCCUUUCAAAUCGUUUCUUAUUUUUUGUUUCAAACACUGGACCAGUCUCUCACCAAAGAAGUUUUCAAGCUUUGUUGGCCUCCUUUUGACCAAAAGAGUGACACUGAAUUCCGUAAACAUUGCUAUGAAUGGUUAAAAAAGAUUUCUGUGGAAUGUGGAAGUAGCUUUCCUCAAGUUGUUGGAUCACUUUUUCUUUCUCCUGGUGGUCCUAAGUUUAUUCAUCUGAUGUAUCAUUUUGCACGAUUUGUUGCAAUAAAAUAUAUCAAAACCCAUUCUAAAAAUUCUUCUAUACGUUUUACAGAGACAUUUAAUGUAAAAUCACAAGAUAUGCACAAAUGCAUUGCCAGAUGCCAUGUGGCACGUAAUAGAUUUUUACACAUUUUGCAAAGAGAAGACUGCGUUACCCGAAAGUAUCAGGAAAAUGCACAAUUGUCAGUUAAACAAGUACGAAAUUUGAGAGCAGAAUGUAUGGAACAGCAAAACCAAAUAAAAAAAAUGGAACCCUAUGAUGACCAAAGUAAUAUACAAGAGAAAAUCCAAAAGGUUCGGUCUUUGUGGGCUUCAGUGAAUGAAACGCUCAUGUAUUUGGAAAAAGAAAGAGAAGUUGUUAAUGCAGUCCUUAAUCUUGUUAACCAAUAUACUUUAGAUGGAACUAAUGUUGCUAUCAAUAUUCCAAGGCUCUUACUUGAUAGAAUUGAGAAACAAAUGUGUCAGUUGCACAUUGGAAAUGUUUAUGAGGCUGGAAAAUUGAACCUGUUAACAGUUAUUCAGUUAUUAAAUGAAGUCUUGAAAGUAGUGAAAUAUGAACGUUGUCAGGCUGACCCAGCAAGAAUGACAAUAGACCUUCACUUCCUGGAAAAGGAGGCCAAACUUCAGAGAGAGAGAUUAUCAGAUCUGAAGUAUAUGAGGUGUAAAAUAAAGGAAGAUGUCACCAAUAUAAAACAUUCUGUUGUUGAAAAACAAGGAGAAUGGCAUAAAAAGUGGAAAGAAUUUCUUGGUCUGUCUCCUUUCAGUCUAAUUGAAGGUUUGACUCCAGCUGUGGAUCUUUUACCACCAAUGUCUCCUCUUUCAUUUGAUCCUGCCUCAGAAGAAGUAUAUGCAAGGAGUAUUCUUUUGCAGUAUCCUGCUUCACUUCCAGAUACACCUAAGCAACACGACCAAGAAAAUGAUUGCAUGAGAGCCAGUAAUACAUCGGGAACUGUACAUGAUCUAGGCAACAGACCUGCAGCUUUCCUGUCACAGCCAGUUUCAUCAUCAGAUAGAAACAGUGUUAGAUUACUUGAAAAGGACAUGAAGAUAAGAACUCCUAGAGAAGGAAAUGAAACACCUUCUAAGAAGACACCAAAAUUUGAAGUGAAAGACUCUCUAUCAUCAAAUACUGCAAGGAGUACAGAGAAUACUGCAUUUGCAGGGUCUCUGCCAGCUAAAAAUAGGGAUAUAUUCCAAAAAGAGCAAGAUCAUCUGGUAGAAGAGGUUGCAAGGGCCGUUUUAUCUGAUUCACCACAGCCCUCUAAAGGAAGAGAAGUAAAAUUAGAGGAACUAUUUGAUUCUUUAGUGUCUAACCCAUUCUUAACAAGGAACCAAAUUCCCCGAACGCCAGAAAAUUUGAUAAGUGAAAUCAGGAGCUCAUGGAGAAAAGCUGUCAAAAUGGAAGAUAACGAAAGUACAGAACCAAUUCAGAUGGAUACUGAACAGAGAGAAGAAUUGCCAGAAUCCUUACCUGUGUCGCAUAACCCAGGAGAAAUUAGCAAGACCAGCUCUCUUGCAGCAAGCACUGCAUCCCAUUGUAGCCAUUUCCAUUUACCUGAAGAGAACAUUGUUUCAGAUUGCCUCAAGUGUGUGCCUCAGAAACAUGUGGUGACCAGUUACAUAGGUGGACCAUCGACACAAAAUCAGUCAGAUUCGUUAAGUAAGAAAAUAAGGUGCACGGAAGGUUUGGAGCAUGCAGUGUUACAGAACGAGCCUUUAGAAACUAGCCAACCAGAGACAGUCUCCCCUGCUCCAGGUAAUAGGAGAGUUGUGAUGGGUAGCAAUGAGGAGGAGUCUUCUAUUGACCACUUGCAAGCUUCUUACAAGGAACCUUUCAUGCAUAAAAGUAUGUUAUGGGACUCUUUUCAGUUAUCAAGUGGAACUAGUUCUAGGAGCUUAAAGGAUAUUGAUGUUGGCAUAUUACAUGAAACGCUUCCAGAAGAAGUUGGUAACUUAAGUCUUAAUAGUUCCAGUAGUACAGAGGCCAAUUUUAAACUAGAGCCAAAUAGUCCUAUGCACAGUGGCAUUUUUCCAGAUAGUGUUGUGGGAGGAAGACCAACUACUCCAGAAUCAGACUGUAAUUUACAGGCUAUUUGCCGUAGAUAUGAGGCUCUGAAAAAAUCUCUAUCCAAGAAAAGGGAAGAAAGUGACCUUUCUAAUCUUGAAACACUUGAAGGACACAAACCAGAAUUGAGCCCUGUGGCCACAAACAUGCAAACAGAUGAUAUGCUUGACUUUUUGGGCACUCAAGAUUUGCACGUUGACUAUACAAAACCAUCUUUACGCAUGUCCCUGGGUGAAAGAAAACAGUCUCUUUCACCACUAAUUAAGUUUUCUCCAGUUGAACAAAGAUUGAAAACUGCAAUACCAUGUAGUCUUGGAGAACUUCUACCUAAUUUAAAAGAAGAAGAAAUCUUGAAUAAGAGCCUUGAGGCAAACGAAUUUCCGUCAGACUUUAGAAGAGAUGAAGCAGAAGCCCAGUCAAUUUAACUAUGAUGUACCUAAAUUUAAAGCAGUGUCACAGGCUAAAAACGGAUUUAUAAUUUAAAUACACGUUGGAAGUAUAACUCUUUUUCAAGGUCUAAAAAAUCCUAAAUAAUGUCUUUUAUUUAGCAAACAAUAGUUUUUAGGUAAAGAAAAGUUAUGUUUGGAUUGUCUCCUUGAAUGGGUCUGGGGUUAAAAUGGGAAGUAUUUGGGAAGCAGAUACCAAGUUUUGUGAAGCCAUUUUGAUUCCUUGAAUAAUUUGUAAGCAUUAAUAGUAAAGUAUUAGUUUAAUUUGUUAUAAUUUCAGUUGAUUAGCAAACAUGAGUGGUUUUUGACACACUUUUAUUAACUGGUUAACAUAAUAACCAUUGAAUACUGAUCUUUCAUUUUAGGGAAAUACAUAACAUUUAUUGUUUCUUUAUGGAACAUUAUAGUACUAACCAAAAAAAGUGAGAAAAUAGUACCUUGGGAUAUGUAGUCAAGGUGAGAAAAGUUUAAGUUUGGGAAAGCUCUAAACAGGCAUAAUGAUUGUUUAAGUAGUAGGUUGGUCCUGGAAAAUGUUUGAUGGAAUAAAGUGUAUGUGAUGGUAAGUGAAGACUGGGGCAGAAUGAAUUUAGAAAAAAGGAAAAAGAUGGAAAAUGACUAGACACUUUUAAGGAACACUGUCAAAAUAUAAAUCCAUUCAAUGGGUUGUACAGCAGAUUUAUAUUUAGUCUAAUUUAGACUUUGAGAAUUUAAUUUAACCCUAGUUUUAUAAUUUAACAGGAAAAAAUGUAAAUUAAAAAUUUGUUAGUCUCUGUUUACUGUUGUUGGUUUAUUUGGGGGGGCAUGGUUUUUAGGGAAAGCAGAUAAUUUUUAUUGUUUUACUUUACUUCUCAAAAACCAUCAGUAUACCACGGACUAUGCAUAGCUUCAAAGUAACUUAAGAAAACUGAAUUCGGGGUGCCUGCUCAGUGUCACAGUUAAGUCAUUGGUGAAGCUAAGACUUUGACCCUGUUUUCCUUCCUUAAUAUACCACAAGACCUUCUACAAGUAACUGAAAGGCCAGGAUAAAAGGAUAUGGCCACAGGAGUUGGCCUCCUGUUGACCUUGUGGACUGAAUGGGAGACAGAGGUGAGACCUCUCAUACAGUAACUUGCCUCACUCUGUCGUGACCCCUGGCUGAGAAAAUGGCUCAUCUCUACCAUGCAAGUGUAUACAUGCCUUUGUGAACCAGGAGCAAUGAGCGUGCACUGGAAAGGUGAUAGCACUUAACGGUACCCCAAUUCUUAACCAUCAAAACCUUGUCCAUUUGUCAAGAAACUGGUCAGGAGGAGGCAAAAGUUGAAGGGGAGAGUAUUGGAGGUGGAUGGGCUCAAUUGUUCAUCUUUUUUCACUCAUUUUGGGCUUUUGCUAAGUUGUUUGAUCAGUUUGAAGGUCAGUCUUUUUGAGAGAAAAGAGCAGAAAAGCACAUACAACUCCCUUAAUUGCAGGCGAAAAGAAAGAAGAGCAGUUUCUUCUAAGGUGCUAUAUUCCUGUUAUUAAUACAACAAAUCAACAACUAUAGAUCUACUGGGAAACUAUCCUCCAGUCUGCCUUAAGAAAGCCCACUAACCUGUAAAUCCAAAAUUAAUGUAUUAGGGAGGAGGUAGGGCUUUUAACAUCCACAAUGUGCCAGGGCCAUUUCUAGACAUUUAAUACAUACUGUUUCAUUUAAUUGUCAUAACUUUAAGGCAGUGGUUAUUCUACCUAUUUUACGGACAAUGAUACUGAAGCUAGGGAGCUUAAGUGACAUGUCUAGGGUGGACUCAAGGGAUAAUCUGGGAUACAUCCUAAAAGCUGUAGAUUCUGUAAGUCUAA